AUGGCAUCGUCUCCUUCGAGGUCAACCAACCAGGUAGAUCCUGAUGCAGAUAAGAUGUGGAAAAACGACUCUAUCGAGGAGCGUAUCUUCUCGGCAGCUCUCAUAUGCCUCGAGGGUCACUACAACCAGUCUCCUGUUAUGGGGUCUCAAUCUAUCUCCAAAAUCACCAGUAUUAUUUCGAAAACGCUAGAGAAGACACAUACCUUCAAAGACGUUAGGGAGAUAUUAUCGAGGAACGUGCGCGUUUGGAUAUGGUUACGUCGAGCUGUGUGUGCAGCCAUAUGCGACCUGAACGAGAAAUCCCUCGGCGUACGAUCCAAGCCUUUCGUGCAAACUAAAUUCCUUGAUAUCACUACCCCAGAGGUUACCGCCUUGAUUAUUAAGAAUUAUACGCCUCUAAAAGAAGCCUUACAGAUGUUAAACAAGCUUAUGCACAUUGCUCGUAAUCUUCUAGUCACAACCGAUCCCGAGGUACCCCAAGAUCUAUCGGCGGCUAUCCACUUCGACCACGAGGUUUAUGAGUCAAUAUGCCUCUGUGUUAAUGUCACUAGCAAAGGAAUCGACGGCGAGAUGCCGGAAGAUGAGGCUUCCAGGGCCAAACUAAAUGAGAUAACCGAACUCUGUAAGAAGGUUCUCGUGACGUCUCUACAACAGGCCCAUAACUGGAUAGCUAAGAACGAUCGAAACAAGAUGUUGUUUUGGUUUAAAGUAUUAAUUGAGUCGCCGGACGCCGAUAGCAACCCGGGCCCGGAAGAUCGCCAUGAGUCAGUUCUAGAUUACCCAGCUCCUAGAAGUAUUCAUCUCCGGGACGAAAUAUCGAAUUGGCUCAAGAGAUCAUCGCGCAUGUGUGACGCCGCCGCUAGCAUCUGCAAGGAAUAUCUCGACGCGCAAAAUACCGAAAAGAAGGAACAAUGGUUGCCUUAUGAUGGGAGCCUUCUCGCCUGGAAUUACACUCCACCAGAAACAUGGGCUUGGCAACCCGACAUUUACGACGAUGCCGCCGAGGUGGUCUCAACGUGGAAUCCCGAGGCCAAUGAUAAGUUCGAGCAGGACAAAGUAUAUGGUCGCGUAUCGCAUGAGCUCGACAAGUGGUGGUAUGGUGCACGUAUCCCCAAUUCUAACGACUGGAGCCUGACUAUGUACUCGACUGUCGAAUCCGUACCCCGACGUAUUAAGGAAUGCGAGGAAAAUCUCAUGCAACGCUAUGCCGGGGCAGACCACCAGGAGGAGCCCAGUGAGGUACUUGAGCACUCAGGAGAUGACGGACAAAAUAACGAGUGGCAAGACCAAGCGCCAUCAGCGUCGCAAAAUUUCGCUCCUGAGUACGACGAGUACGAGGAAGAAGCGGAUGAUGAUGAGUCAUAUGGCGAAGGACCAAUGACUGGACUUCUUACUGAGGUACCAAAUAUCCUAGAUCCCAAGCAGAUUGAAGCUCUUCAUAUGAUAGUUAAGUCAUGUAUAUUGGAUUCGGCUGGGUCUGGCUCGACUAGAUUUGGCGAGAACCUGCAACAAACCCGGUGUCGCAUCUUCCUCGCUACAGAUUGUGGGAGGAACCUUUUGCGUGAAAUGCUUGUUUUCAUCGCCGUGUGGGAAAAAGACGAACAAUCUCUCAUAUUUCAAAUCAGCAGCCAGAUUGUGCAGGCAAUCCACGAGAAUUCGCUUAUCCCGUAUGCAUGGAUGGCCCUCCGGAGUCCAAAAGAUAUAAUAUCUCCGGCGCAAACAGUUUUACUGCGCCUUAUUACCUACCUGUUUCGCACGGCUCUCUUCCCGCCGAAAGACUACAACCCCUUCCCAGAUCCUAAAACACAGGAUGUAGAAAAAAUACUCUCGAACGAAGAUGUCCGCCUCGGCAAGAUGCUCAACUACUUAUAUGGUUUAUUCCGGAGCCGUAUUGUUCCGGAGUGCGUGGCAUUGAUGCAGAUACAAGGCGAAGUCCGCAAGGGCCGGUUAGACCCCUCGGAGUUUCCCGUCGAUAACUGGGAUCUGGAGCGGGCAAAGGAUGGCUUAGUACAAUACCUUGAUUUCCUUUAUACCGUUGCUGACAUUUACACUCUCCGUCAGCAUCUUAUUGACUACGAAGCCGUAUAUGAACUUCUUAAGCUGCUCGAGGGCCUGGAUAUCGGCGUAGAAAAGGCACCUUUUCCAGGCACACGACGAAACGAACCUUCUACAACUACUUCCACCACAACCUCAAUCCCCCAAGCCUCAUCAUCUAAUAAUGCGCCCCCGCCACCGCCUCCCCCACCUCCCAUUUCCGACCCGCCACACGAGUUCCCCUGGUCCGGUAUCAAAGGCCAGGUCCUAUCUAUCCUUGCUGCUCUACUGCAGCCACCACCUGGUCAAUCCUCGCCUGGCAACCCAACGGUGCAGCUUCAAAUCUUACAGCACAACGGAAUCGUUGCACUGCUUAAUUGUUGUUUAUAUGACGACAACAAUCGCUUCUGUCGCGAGCGCACACAACUCUGUCUGAAAUGGUUAAUGGACGGUUGCCCGGACGCCUCAGCGUUUUUGCAGAACUUAGUGAGCGCCAACCAGGGGCAACCGGCGACGCGUCCACCGGCGGGCAGUGCCAGUGUAACGCAAAGCGUCCGAAUCGACGGUGUACCUGGUGAGGUUCGAGUUCAAGUGCGCAGCUCAAGCGCGCCCGUUGGAGAGGUCGGUGAGGUAGUGGGGGACACGACCGCUGUGGGUGCGAACCUGAGGAGCAGAUUAGAACAGAACCAAAGUCAGCGCGAUGAGCUCGUCAACGACCUCCUCGCACUGACGGUAGUGGACGAGUCGGGUAAGAUGACUAUCGCGCCCGAUGGAAACGAAACAGAGGAUGACGAUUUCAUGUAGUGGCCCGGAGGGUUUGAAGAGGGUCUACACUAGAUGACUAGGUAUGUACGACGGUGGUUUGUGGCGGUACGAAGUUCGUGAAUAUGCAUUUCAUGUCCUACGGGUUGCAUCGGAUAGGCGUAAAAAACGGUGUGCAUUAGGUAGAUAUAGGUAACAGGUAUUAAGAGGCGUUAUUUGUUACUUUUGUUACUUUUGUUACUGAAUAUUAUUACCUCGAUGUCUGCAUUUGCGGUGGAGAUUGAUAGGAAGGAUAUUGUCUUGAAUCCCGGCGAGUAAGCUAUCAUGAAUGACACCUCACCUAAUAGGUGAUAACUUGGAUAAUCAUUUGAAGGUGGAAAAUACCUCUAUUUCUUCGAUCCCGUUAUCUUUUAUCUCUAUACCCCGGUAUCUAUCUAGCGGUAAAUUGAAAGCCAGUAUAGCACUGUACGGAUAUUCCAAUCCCUAAAUCCCCGA